AUGGCCCCACUCCGCAACAUCACCAUCGUUGGCGCCUCCGGCAACGUUGGCCUGCCCAUCACUCUCGCCCUCGCGGCAUCGCCCGCGAAGUUCGCAUUGACGGCCCUCACCCGUCUAACUUCCAGCCCUUCACCACGUCUGCCUCCAUCGGUUCGUAUCCUACGGGCCGACUAUAAUGAUAAGGCGGCGCUCGUGGAGGCUUUCCGCGGCCAGGACGCCGUUGUCUGCACCAUAGGCUCCACUAGCAAUACCCUGCAAGAUACGUUGAUCGAUGCAGCAGCCGAGGCGGGCGUGCGCCGUUUCAUUCCGAGCCAUUUUGCUUUCGACCACCUGGCAGAAAAGGAUGGGUUGCCGCUGAGUGAGAUAAUACCUGUCGGAUCGCUGAAGGAGGCACCGGUCAAGAAGAUCGAGGACCUGAGAGCAGCGGGGAGUAAAAUGGAGUGGACCGCAGUCGUUACGGGGCCGUGGGUCGACUUUUUCGUGAGUACCCCAGACUUCCCCUUCUGGGAUGUGCAGAGUCAAACCUUUGUGAAGUUUGACGACGGCACGUCUGCAUUUGACUGCUCGAGCUUGGCGCAAGUUGGAAGGGCGGUCGUUGCAGUGUUAUCCGCGGAGAACUUCGAGAAAACGAAAGACCAGUACGUGUACAUACGCAGCGGACGGUUAACGCAGAACCGGGUGCUGGAGAUCCUGGAGAAGGAGAGCGGGCAGAAGUGGAACGUGGUGCCUAAUCAGGCGUCGGAAUUGCGAGCGCACGGUGCCGCGUUGUGGGACAAGUUGAUGAAAGAGGAGGGAAAGACGCCGGACCAGCUUACGGACAGUCCAGAGUAUGGGAUGGCGAUCGGAAUGCUGGUAGGGUCCAUCAUCCUCGGCGGGUGGGUGGUAUUUGAGGAGAAGGCGAAGCGGUGGAUGCAGGAGCUGGGCCUGAAGGAGGAGGACCCCGAGAUAGUCGUCUCGAAGGCUAUCAGAGAGGCGAUGGCAGCGUAG